AUGACAGAAAUCAGAUCAUUCAUUGCCAAAUCAGAGAUGGCAUUAACAGCAGUGAUACCCACAACACUGGUGAAAGGCACCAAUGGCAGCGCAAUCACUAUUUCUGAAUCAGAAGAGGAGAAAGCCAAGAAGCUACUGUAUUGUUCACUAUGCAAAGUAGCUGUCAAUUCUCUGUCACAGCUGGAAGCACACAACACAGGUUCUAAACACAAAACAAUGCUUGAGGCACGGAAUGGUGCGGGUCCUAUCAAAUCCUACCCAAGGUCUGGAUCCAGGCUAAAACUUCAGAAUGGCAGCAAAGGUUCAGGAUUGCAGAACAAAACAUUUCAUUGUGAAAUCUGUGAUGUCCAUGUAAAUUCAGAAAUCCAGCUUAAACAGCACAUCUCCAGCAGAAGACACAAGGACAGAGUAGCAGGAAAGCCCAUGAAGCCUAAAUAUAGUCCAUAUAACAAACUGCAACGUAGUCCUAGUAUCUUAGCGGCAAAGCUGGCAUUCCAGAAGGAUAUGAUUAAGCCCUUAACUCCGACCUUCCUUUCAUCGCCUUUGGCAGCUGCUGUAACCUCUGCAAUCUCAUUACCGCCUCGUCCCCACAACUCACUGUUUCAGGGGACGGGCCUAGCACCCACAUUUCUAAGACCAGCCCAUGGCUCUAUCCGUGCCACCACAGCCUCUAUACUAUUUGCACCAUAUUAG